AUGUUGCUAGUUGUCAAGACCCUCUUCAUCGUGGUAGGGACUUGUGUGGUUGAUCGGUUUGGACGUCGUGCCUUGUUGCUUACAAGUAUGGGGGGAAUGUUUAUUUCCUUGACUGCACUUGGAACUAGCCUUACAAUAAUUAACAGGAACCCCGGACAAACUAUCAAGUGGGCUAUAGGGCUUAGCGUUACAACAGUGAUGUCUUUUGUGGCAACAUUCUCAAUAGGUGCAGGCCCCGUGACGUGGGUGUACUGCUCAGAGAUAUUCCCCGUGAGGCUAAGAGCUCAAGGUGCAAGUUUGGGAGUGAUGUUGAAUAGACUUAUGAGUGGUAUUAUCGGAAUGACAUUCUUGUCUCUUGCUAAGGGUCUCACCAUCGGUGGUGCGUUCCUUCUCUUCGCGGGAGUUGCAGCUGCUGCAUGGGUCUUCUUCUUCACUUUCCUUCCGGAGACACGAGGUGUGGCUUUAGAAGAAAUGGAAAGUCUCUUCGGGAGCUACAGCGCAAACAAAAAGAACAAUGUUAUAAGCACGGGUAAAGAAGUUGUUGAUGAACAAUGA